CUGGGCGGGGUCGAGUCUUUUUUCAACGCAGAUUCCGGCAGUAGUGCUCCAAACUAUGUCGUGAAAUAUGAUCGAGGAAGGGAGCAAUGACGCUGCAGUUGCGGGAGAGAGAGAGAGAGAGCAAGAGAGAGAGAGAGUUGUUUGUUGGAGAUGAAGUCAGAGUCGAAUGCGGAGCAAGUCGCAAAGCCGCCCGGAGUCACUGGAUUGCCGUAUCCGGUUCUUUUCUCUCUCUUUCCCCAACAUUAGGGUUGGGCUUCUCCAAUUCAUUCCCCACUACAUCUAUUCUUGACAUCUAUCCACUCCAUUCAGGGCUGGGUUCUACAUUUAUAUUUCGUCUGUCUGCACCAAGGCACAAGCCAUGGAGCUGCACUAUGACAUACCCGGCGUUACCCCUCGUAUCCACCGAGUCUCUCUCCGAUCAUCACCAUCACCAUCACCAUCACCUGACUGAUAGUCAAACUCCCCCUACUUACUCUCUCUGCUUCCACCUCCAUGAUCUCAUGAUCAUAUUUGAUUCCAAUUCCGUAUCCAAAGCCGAUAUAGCGAUGGAUGCAGAUUAUCUUUGAGGAGCUUCCACGGUUAAGCUUAUCCUUGGACUAAUGCAAGACAAUAACCCACUUAGCACCCUAAGGGUAGCAUAUCACACUUCUAGAUCUGAUAUGGAUCUUCUGGCCGCUGAAGCCCAGAGCCUCGGAUGCAAUAAUGCCAAGAACAGCACGAAAUGACUAUGGAGUCCC